AUGAGUGACGCAGACGGGCCACAAUAUCCUUGCGCAAAUGUGGUUUUCGUAGUUGAACUGGAGCAGGACAUGGGCCGCAGCGAGGUUGAGAUUGUGGAGAAUGAGGAGCGGAAGUUUCUUUAUUGGAGAUACAAGGCCUCCGUUGCGCUGGUCACUAGCAUGCACGAAGGCGGAACUGCCCCGACAACUUGGGAUUGCCCUCAUAGCUCUUCCUUGCACAGUGACUGCGGCGGACGGGCCGCACGGGAGGCGCGGUGCGGGCGACAGUCCACGACACGCCCGCAGAAGCUUGAUACAACGGAGGUGUCGCAGUACAAGAAGGGAUCAGUGGCAUUUCCUCGUGCUAGGUCGCCCCUGACAUGGUCGUGGAAUCCGGUACGAGCCGGUGAAAUGCAAACGCGUGCGGCGCAAUGUGAAAAUGUCUCCUCGCAUGUCGGAGGUGCGUCUGUCACAGACGUAGGGAGGCCGCACAGCGUUCUUUGCUCUUCGCCGCACAGGCCCCCUAUGUGCGCUUCCUUGUCGCUGUCUUUGCGCGGCGACACGCAGCUGCACGGGGACGCUGGGAAACGGCGAUGGAACAGCAGCAGCAACCUUUGCAGCAAGGCUGCUGCUUCCAGCGUUGCGUCAGUGGUCCCUAACGAUGGGGCCCGUUUGCCCAAGACGACCUUGGCACCCUCCGCAGGGCGGAGUUCAACUUCACUGGGCAAAGGAGUUCUCCCCAGCAAGAGCGGGUGUUGCCCCUUGGAAACUGAAACGGGUAUCACCAUCAGGCGCCCCAAGGCCCUCGUUGAUGAUCGUUUUGGGCGGCUGAAUACUUUGCAAGAUCUCCUUCGCAUAGAGUUGGAACGUGAGGCGUUCGAGGACUGGAGGGUUCUGCGGGAUGAAUUUGUAAGGAUAGGUUGUAAGCAGAUGGAGGGGAAACCACUGCGGCGCACUUUGCGAUAUGGAGCUGGCAAUGUGGAGGGUCUUGUAAGGGUGACGGCGACAAGGUUCAGCUGGGAAAGAGAAAAACGGUGGCAAGAGAGACGUUUUCAGGCACUGGAGCUCUGUAACCCACGCUCAGACAAGGCGGGGCUGCAUGCUGUUGCACAACAAUGCCCUCCCCCCAAAACUCCCUUUAAGCCGAAUGAGAGGAUGAGGGGGAGCACACGGAUUUACAUGUGUACGGGCGCAUGGAAAUAG